AAGAACAGGUCGGGCUGUACUAAAAAGAAAAAGAAAAGAAUCCAAACCCGGCAUAGCUCCGGUCAAGUAAUUGAUCUCUCCCGUUCGCACAGAGGUAACUGCCCGAACCAGUCAUUGACAUGGCGCGCCUCUUCUUCCUCUUCCUUUCGGUGUUUCAGUAAUAAUACUAAUACCCGGUGCAGUUGGUUGGUUCGAGCUUCAGCCUGCGAAUUUCAUUGCUGAAAUCGGCGUAUUUUGGAACGAUCUCUCUACUGCAGCGGAGGAAAAAACAGUCAAUCUAGGGAUUUUUUUCAUUCAAUUUCGAUUGGAACUGAAGAAUCCUGAUCAGCUGAUAGAGAAAUGGAUUUAGUCACCAAGUAUCAGGGUGUUGUUGGACAACUUUUUGGCAAUGAUAGUUCCAGUUCAAAUGAAGACAGCUAUGUUGAGCGCUUGCUAGAUCGCAUUAGCAAUGGUACAGUGGCUGAUGAAAGGAGAAAUGCUAUCUUGGACCUACAGUCUAUUGUUUCCCAAAGUCAUGGUGGGCAACUAGCUUUUGGAGCAAUGGGUUUUCCUGUAAUAUUAAGUGUUUUAAAGGAAGAACGAGAUGAUGUUGAGAUGCUUCGUGGGGCUCUGGAAACUCUUGUGGCUGCUUUAACUCCAAUUAGUCAUGGAAGAGUGCCAAACUAUGAGGUCCAACCAGCUUUAAUGAAUAGUGACUUGCUUUCUCGAGAUGUACAAAAUAUCUCUCUUCUUCUAAGUUUGCUGUCCGAGGAAGAUUUUUAUGUACGGUACUACACACUGCAACUGCUAACAGCACUUCUAACAAAUUCUGCAAAUAGGCUACAGGAAGCGAUUCUGAGCAUCCCUCAUGGUAUUACACGACUUAUGGACAUGCUUAUGGAUCGUGAGGUUAUUAGGAAUGAGGCACUGUUACUUCUUACAUACCUCACUCGCGAAGCUGAGGAAAUUCAAAAAAUUGUGGUAUUUGAAGGUGCCUUCGAAAAGAUAUUUAGCAUUAUGAAAGAGGAGGGAGGCUCAGAAGGAGGAGUUGUAGUGCAGGACUGCCUUGAAUUGUUGAACAAUAUCAUUCGCAACAAUGCAUCAAAUCAGGUAUUACUCAGGGAGACAGUGGGCUUUGAUUCUGUCAUACAAAUUCUGAAGCUCAGAGGUAGCACCUACAAAUUCACUCAACAGAAGACAAUAAACCUUCUCAGUGUGCUUGAAACAAUUAAUAUUCUUAUAAUGAGGGGGCCAGAAACUGAUCCUGGAAAAGAUGCAAACAAGCUGACAAACAAAACAGUCUUGGUUCAGAAAAAGAUUCUGGACCAUCUUCUGAUGCUGGGAGUUGAAAGUCAAUGGGCUCCCGUUCCUGUGCGUUGUGCGGCACUCCAGUGCAUUGGUGAUCUAAUUGCCGGACAACCAAAGAAUCUUGAAGCACUUGCAACAAAAGUUCUAGGCGAUGAGCCUCCGAUGGAGCCUGCUUUGAAUUCUGUACUUCGUAUCCUUCUUCGUACAUCCAGUAGACAAGAGUUUGUCGCGGCUGAUUAUCUUUUUAAGAGCUUUUGUGAGAAAAAUCCCGAGGGUCAGACAAUGUUAGCAUCUACAUUAAUUCCUCAGCCAGUUUCAACUCUCUAUGCUCCUACCGAGGAGGAUGUUAACAUGACAUUUGGAAGCAUGCUGUUACAUGGUCUUACAAUGGGUGAAAGUGAUGGUAAUCUUGAGACAUGUUGCAGAGCAGCCAGUGUUCUUUCUCACAUUCUCAAUGGAAACACUCAGUGCAAAGAAAAGGUUCUACGGGUCGAACUUGAAGCACCUAUGCCCUCAUUAGGAGGCCCAGAGCCUAUAAUGCACCGUUUAGUGAAGUACCUUGCUCUCGCCUCAAUUAGAAGCAAAGAUGGAAAAUCAAACACAUCCAAGAACACUUUAGUUCAAGCUGUUAUCUUGAAACUGCUAGUUAUUUGGCUCUCAGAUUGUCCGAGUGCUUUGGAGUCUUUCCUUGAUUCACGUCCCCACCUAACAUAUUUGCUUGAGUUGGUGUCAGACUCCACUGCCACUGUUCCUGUAAGAGGUUUGGCUGCAGUACUAAUGGGACAGUGUGUUAUUUACAGUAAUGGUGCCGGAAGGGAUGCUUUAGGCAUAGUUGACACCAUUAGCCAAAAAGUUGGACUCACAUCAUACUUCCAGAAGUUCGAUGAGAUGCAGAAAAGUGUUCUCUUUACAUCUGCUAAGCCGUCUUUGGCCCGCAAACCACUGACGAGAUCUAAUGCUGCCAGCGUGACUGAGAUUGAUGACAUGGAUGAUGAGUCAGCUGAUCCGAGGACUGAUGAUCAUCCUCUGCUUGCAUCUAUCUUUGAUUCUCAGUUUGUCACUUUCGUUAAACACUUGGUGGCCGAAAUUAGGGAAAUGACAGUGCAAGUGUACAGUCACCCAAAGAGCCAGGUGUCAGUUGUGCCAGCAGAGCUUGAGCAAACGAGUGGGGAAAGUGAUGGGGAAUACAUCAAGAGGUUGAAGAGCUUUGUACAGAAACAGUGUUUCGAGAUACAGGAACUUUUGAGUAGGAACGCGACAUUGGCAGAGGAUCUUGCCAGGACAGGCAGUGGCGAUUCUUCAUCUCAGGCGGAGCAUAGAGGCUCAGAAAGAGUUCAAAUCGAGACGCUUCGGCGAGACCAUCAGGAAGUCACCCAAAAGUUGGAGAGGUUGAAGGCAGAGAAGGCAGGGGCAGAAUCGGAAGCCGAGAAGUAUAGAGAUGUGGCGAGUAAGAUGGAGUCGGAGCUGCAGAGCCUCUCAGCCGCAUACAACAGCCUGGAAGAGGCGAAUGCACAGCUGGAGGAGGAAGUGAAGUGCUUGAAAAGCGGCGACUUGGAGGCGAUAAAGGCAGAGGCAAGGGAAGAAGCUCAGAAGGAGAGUGAAUCUGAGCUGAACGAUCUUCUGGUUUGCCUCGGACAGGAACAGAGCAAGGUCGAGAGGCUGAGUGGGAGGUUGGUUGAGCUCGGUGAGGAUGUGGAUAAGUUGCUAGAUGGCAUCGGCGAUGAUGCCGCCGGACUACUUGGAGAAGAAGGAGAAGAAGAAGAAGAAGAAGAAGAAUGAUUUGUGGGGGUGUUUUUGUCUUUUACAAUCCAUUGCUCUUUGCUUGUAUUUAUUGGAUGGACAUCUUGUAUAUUUUUACACCAUGAAUUUAUUACUGGUUGAGUUUGUAUGAAACAAGAUUUACUUGAACAGAUUUACUUUGCUGGUGAAAAAUGACAAUGUUAUUACUCGACAAAUGGAGUUUAAAUGGUGCCCGGUUCUCUGCAGUUACUGUAAAAG